AUGCAAUAUACAGAUAUGAUCCGAACUAGUCAACCUCAUCCUUUAGUUGGAACUUCUCCUAUCUCUGCUGCACAUGAAAACCAAAAGGAACCUUAUCUUUCAGUUGGAACUUCUUUUAUCUCUGCUGCACAUGAAAACCAGAAGGAACCUCAUCCAUCAGUCGGAACUUCUUCCAUCUCUGUGCCAUAUAGUAAUACAUGUUCAACGACUGAAAAGGGAAUAGGCAAUAAGUCAUUGGAUCUGCUUCCUGCUCCACAUCGUAGUCCGAUUCCUAUAGGAGGUGUACAUUCAACACAAGGUGCUGAUGAUAUAUAUAUUAAUAAAUAUUUCAUGAACAAGGCUGAGUUAAUGCAGAAGAUGAGGACAUGAGAGUUGGA